UCCUGUUAAGGACUGAGGAAUUCUAGCCUCCACAUUUCUAUGCCUCGUUUAUGAACGUUUAGGAUUUUCCACACACAAAUAAUGCAAACCAACGUGCACGGAUAGGCGCGCGUGCACACGCACGCCCUCGUUCCUUGAUGACCCAACGUCUGCUCAUUUCCGAAAGCUGACGGAGAUUCACCGAGCAGCGACCCCUCCGCCCCUCCUCCCUCCAGAGAGGCUCUCUCCUCCGCUCCACUCCGAGGAGGAACCCGGUGCCCCCUGGCUGAUCGUUUCCAGACACGUUACCCCUAAAAUGGAGGUCUGCAGAUGGCACCUCUACCAUUCUCCAGUUCCCGUACACGUCCGUGUGCUUCUAACGACGCUUUUGCCAGGACAAAAGUAACCGGUGCCAUCUUUUUGUUGUUUAUUUUCUGAGGAUUUACUCGUGAUACUGAGCUCCGGGUUCGGUUUAAAGCAGCCAUGAGCUCCGUAGAAGGAGCCGAGGAGACGACUAAGGACCCCAGCGACUUGUCGUCGUUUUCGAGGACCGAUGUAUCCCUUUCUAAGGAGCCGAAAGGAGACGUAUCGAGUCAGAUAGCAGUUUUCAAGAGAAAUGAGGAGAUGAGAGCAAUGGAAGUGCUCCCCAUCCUCAAGGAAAAAGUAGCCUUUUUAUCAGGUGGCAGAGACAGACGAGGUGGUCCGGUAUUAACAUUUCCAUCACGCAGCAACCACGACAGAAUACGAACAGACGACCUGAGGAGACUGAUUGCCUACCUCGCCGGCAUCCCCAGCGAGGAGGUGUGUAAACAUGGCUUCACGGUUAUCGUUGACAUGCGUGGCUCCAAGUGGGACAGCAUCAAACCGCUGUUGAAGAUCCUCCAGGAGUCCUUUCCGUCCUGCAUCCACGUCGCCCUCAUCAUCAAGCCAGACAACUUCUGGCAGAAGCAGAGGACCAACUUUGGCAGCUCCAAGUUUGAAUUUGAGACCACAAUGGUGUCAUUAGAGGGCCUGACAAAGGUUGUGGACCCCUCCCAGCUGACAGCAGACUUCGAUGGCAGUCUGGACUACAACCACGAGGAGUGGAUAGAAGUGCGCGUGGCCUUCGAGGAGUUUUCCGGUCACGCCACCCAGAUGCUGGCAAGGCUGGAGGAGAUGCAGGAGACGGUGUCGAGGAAGGACUUCCCCCAAGACCUGGAGGGAGCCAGAAGAAUGAUAGAAGAGCACGCCGCGCUGAAGAAGAAAGUCAUUAAAGCCCCUAUAGAGGAGCUGGACACCGAGGGACAGAGGUUAUUGCAGCAAAUCCAGAGCAGCGAGUCCUUCUCCAACCGUAACGGCAGCACGGGCGGCAGCGGCGGCAGCAGCAGCAGCAGCGGCAGCGGGAGCGGGGUGUGCAAUACCGACACCCAAGGUCUGGUGCCACGGAUCACCCAGCUGCUGGACAAGUUGCACUCCACGCGACAGCACCUCCACCAGGCCUGGCACAUACGCAAGCUCCAGCUGGAUCAGUGCUUCCAGCUCCGCCUUUUUGAACAGGACGCAGAGAAGAUGUUUGACUGGAUCACGCACAACAAGAGUUUGUUCCUGGCGGGCUACACCGAGAUUGGCAACAACCAUCCCCACGCCGUAGAGCUGCAAACCCAGCACAAUCACUUCGCCAUGAACUGCAUGAAUGUAUACGUGAAUAUUAACCGCAUCAUGUCGGUCGGCAACCGACUGCUGGAGUCCGGCCACUACGCCUCCCAGCAGAUCAAACAGAUCUCAGGUCAGCUGGAGCAGGAGUGGAAGGCGUUUGCCGCAGCGCUCGACGAGCGCAGCACGUUGCUGGAGAUGUCGGCGAGCUUUCACCAAAAAUGUGAUCAGUACAUGAGCAACGUGGACCCCUGGUGCAAAGCAUGCGGCGAGGUGGAUUUGCCCUCCGAGCUGCAAGACCUGGAAGACGCCAUACACCAUCACCAGGGCCUGUACGAACACAUCACGGCGGCGUACUCUGAGGUGAGCCAAGACGGAAAAGCUCUGUUGGACAAGCUGCAGCGACCCUUGACCCCAGGCGGCGCCGAUUCUUUGACGGCAUCGGCCAACUACUCGAAGGCGGUGCACCACGUCCUGGACAUCAUCCACGAGGUGCUGCACCACCAGAGACAGCUGGAAAACAUCUGGCAGCACCGCAAAGUCCGCCUGCACCAACGUCUGCAGCUCUGCGUCUUCCAGCAGGACGUGCAGCAGGUGCUGGACUGGAUAGAAAACCACGGCGAGGCCUUUCUCAGCAAACACACCGGUGUCGGAAAGUCCCUCCACCGAGCACGAGCGCUCCAGAAGAGACAUGAAGACUUUGAGGAAGUGGCGCAGAACACAUACACUAAUGCUGACAAGCUGCUUGAGGCAGCUGAGCAGCUGGCCCAGACAGGGGAGUGCGACCCAGAAGAGAUCUACCAGGCUGCCCACCAGCUCGAAGACAGAAUCCAGGAUUUUGUUCGCCGCGUGGAGCAGCGUAAAGUUUUGCUGGACAUGUCCGUUGCCUUCCACACGCACGUCAAAGAGCUAUGGACAUGGCUGGAGGAGCUGCAGAAGGAGUUGCUGGACGACGUUUACGCAGAGUCCGUGGAAGCGGUCCAAGACCUGAUCAAACGCUUCGGCCAGCAGCAGCAGACCACUCUGCAGGUCACCGUCAACGUCAUCAAAGAAGGAGAGGACCUCAUCCAGCAGCUCAGGGACUCGGCUAUCUCCAGCAAUAAGACGCCCCACAACAGCUCCAUCAACCACAUUGAGAGCGUCCUGCAGCAGCUGGACGAGGCCCAGGCCCAGAUGGAAGAACUCUUCCAGGAGAGGAAGAUCAAGCUGGAGCUCUUUUUGCAACUGCGCAUCUUCGAGAGGGACGCCAUCGAUAUCAUCUCAGACUUGGAGUCGUGGAACGAGGAGCUCACGGGUCAAAUGAACGACUUUGACACCGAGGACCUGACGCUGGCGGAGCAACGGCUGCAGCACCACGCCGACAAGGCGCUCACCAUGAACAACCUCACCUUCGACGUCAUCCACCAGGGACAGGAGCUGCUGCAGUACGUCAACGAAGUCCAGACCUCUGGCGUGGAGCUGCUGUGCGACCGUGACGUCGACAUGUCCACCAGAGUUCAGGACCUGCUGGAGUUCCUCCAUGAAAAACAGCAAGAGUUGGACUUGGCGGCUGAGCAGCACCGCAGGCACCUGGAGCAGUGUGUCCAGCUGAGACACCUGCAGGCUGAAGUUAAACAGGUUCUGGGAUGGAUCCGAAACGGCGAAUCGAUGCUGAACGCUGGUCUGAUAACAGCAAGCUCCCUGCAGGAAGCUGAGCAGCUACAGAGGGAACAUGAGCAGUUUCAACAUGCCAUCGAGAAAACCCACCAAAACGCGGCAGAAGCUCUGCUACAGGCCAACCAUUACGACAUGGACCUGAUCAGAGACUGCGCCGAGAGCGUGGCCUCUCACUGGCAGCAGCUGAUGCUCAAGAUGGAGGACAGACUCAAACUGGUCAACGCUUCCGUGGCCUUUUACAAGACAUCAGAGCAGGUCUGCAGUGUUUUAGAGAGCCUGGAGCAAGAGUAUAAGAGAGAGGAGGACUGGUGCGGAGGAGCCGACAAACUAGGCCCCAACUGUGAAACCGACCACGUCACCCCGAUGAUCAGUAAACACCUGGAGCAGAAAGAGGCUUUCCUCAAGGCCUGCACGCUGGCCAGAAGAAACGCAGAUGUCUUUCUCAAGUACAUGCACAGGAACAGCGUCAACAUGCCUGGCAUGCUGAGUCAUGUCAAAGCACCUGAGCAACAGGUUAAAAACAUUCUCAAUGAACUGCUGCAGAGAGAGAAUCGCGUUCUCCACUUCUGGACCAUGAGAAAACGACGGCUCGACCAGUGCCAGCAGUAUGUGGUGUUUGAGCGCAGCGCCAAACAGGCACUGGAGUGGAUUCACGACACGGGGGAGUUUUACCUGUCCACUCAUACAUCCACUGGCUCAAGUAUCCACCACACACAGGAACUUCUGAAGGAGCACGAAGACUUCCACAUCACAGCCAAGCAAACUAAGGAGCGCGUGAAGCUGCUGAUCCAGCUGGCCGACGGCUUCUGCGAAAAAGGUCACAGCCACUCUGCGGAGAUUAAAAAAUGGGUGACGGCCGUGGACAAGCGCUAUCGCGAUUUCUCCCUGCGCAUGGACAAGUACCGCUGCAGCCUGGAGAAGGCGCUGGGCAUCUCGUCGGAUUCGAACAAGGCGAACAAAGACCUUCAGCUGGACAUCAUCCCAGCCACAGCUCCGGGGUCGGAGGUUAAACUACGGGAUGCCGCCAACGAGUUAAACGAGGAGAAACGAAAGUCGGCCCGGAAGAAGGAGUUCAUUAUGGCCGAGCUAAUUCAGACGGAAAAGGCCUACGUACGAGAUCUUCGGGAGUGCAUGGACACUUACCUUUGGGAGAUGACGAGCGGAGUCGAGGAGAUUCCUCCUGGCAUCAUUAACAAGGAGCACAUCAUCUUCGGAAACAUGCAGGACCUCUUUGAAUUCCACCACAACAUUUUCCUCAAAGAGUUGGAGAAAUAUGAGCAGCUGCCAGAGGACGUCGGCCACUGCUUCGUCACAUGGGCCGACAAGUUCCAGAUGUACGUCAACUACUGCAAAAACAAACCCGACUCCACCCAGCUCAUCGUGGAGCACGCUGGAAAUUAUUUCGACGAAAUUCAGCAAAGGCACCGACUGGCCAACUCCAUCUCGUCUUACCUUAUCAAGCCUGUGCAGAGAAUCACCAAGUAUCAGCUGCUGCUGAAGGAGCUGCUGAAUUGCUGCGAGGAAGGUAAAGGCGAGAUCAAGGACGGCCUGGAGGUGAUGCUCAGCGUUCCGAAGAAGGCCAACGACGCCAUGCACCUCUCGAUGCUAGAAGGUUUCGAUGAAAACAUCGAGUCCCAGGGCGAGCUCAUUCUUCAGGAGUCCUUCCAGGUCUGGGAUCCAAAGACGCUUAUCCGCAAGGGCCGAGAGCGCCACCUCUUCCUCUUUGAGAUGUCACUUGUUUUCAGCAAAGAAGUCAAGGACUCGAAUGGCAGAAGCAAAUACAUCUAUAAGAGCAAACUCCUGACGUCUGAGUUGGGGGUGACAGAGCAUGUGGAAGGAGACCCCUGUAAAUUUGCCCUGUGGGUGGGUCGAACCCCAACGUCCGACAACAAGAUUGUGCUCAAGGCGUCCAGCAUCGAGAACAAGCAGGACUGGAUCAAGCACAUCAGGGAGGUGAUCCAGGAGCGGACCAUUCACCUGAGAGGAGCCCUCAAAGAGCCCAUUCAUAUUCCGAAGGCAACUACGGCCAAGCACCACAAGGGGCGAAGGGACGGAGAGGAUCUGGACAGUCGGGGCGAGGGCAGCAGCCAGCCAGACACCAUCUCUCUGGCAUCUCGCACCUCUCAGAACACACUGGACAGUGACAAGCUCUCCGGCGGCUGUGAGCUGACCGUGGUCAUACACGACUUCAUGGCCAGCAACAGCAACGAGCUGACUGUGCGGCGUGGUCAGACGGUGGAGGUGCUGGAGAGGUGUCACGACAAGCCCGACUGGUGCCUGGUCAGGACCACAGAUCGGUCUCCGGCCCUGGAGGGUCUGGUGCCCUGCUCCAUGCUCUGCAUCGCUCACUCCAGGUCUUCCAUGGAGAUGGAGGGCAUCUUCAACCACAAAGACACUCUGUCAGUCUGCAGCAACGACUCCAUCCUGCCAGGGUCGUCUGCCACACUUCUACCCGGGCAAGGGAUUGGCUCCCACAGCUCUCCGGGCCCAAAAAGACCAGGGAACACGCUGCGAAAAUGGCUGACCAGCCCGGUGCGUCGGCUGAGCAGCGGCAAGGCCGACGGCCACGUGAAGAAGCUCGCUCACAAGCACAAGAAGAGCCGUGAGAGAGUUCGAAACGAGGGUCUGUCCAGCGGCACCCUGUCCAAAUCUAGUUCUUCGGGCAUGCAGAGCUGCGGGGAGGAGGAGGGCGAGGAGGGCGCUGACUCGGUACCGCUACCGCCUCCGAUGGCCAUCCAACAGCACAGCCUGCUGCAGCCAGACUCACAGGACGACAAGACUUCCUCUCUUCUGUCGGUGCGUCUGUCCAGUUCGGAGACUCCCAGUGCUGCCGAGCUGGUCAGCGCAAUCGAGGAGCUGGUCAAAAGCAAAAUGGCGCUGGAGGACAGACCGAGCUCUCUGUCGGUGGAACAGGCCGACAGCAGUUCUCCCUCCUUUAACCCUUCGGACAACUCCCUCCUCUCGUCCUCCUCUCCCAUGGAAGAGCUGGAUGAGCAACGGACCAACAUCCUCAAGAAAAGACAUUAUGUUCUUCUGGAUUUGGUGCAAACAGAGAGAGAUUAUGUCCGAGACUUGAGCCUGGUAGUUGAGGGCUACAUGAGGCGAAUGAAGGAGGAGGUCGUUCCAGAUGACAUGAAAGGGAAAGAUAAAAUUGUGUUUGGCAACGUCCAUCAGAUCUACGACUGGCACAAAGAUUUUUUCCUUGGGGAGUUGGAGAAAUGUCUGGAGGAUCCUGACAGACUGGGGCCACUCUUCGUAAAACAGGAGCGAAGGCUUAACAUGUACGUGGUGUACUGUCAAAACAAGCCCAAAUCGGAGCACAUAGUCAUGGAGUACAUUGACAACUAUUUUCAGGAGCUGAAGCAGAGAUUAGGACACAGGCUGCAGAUCACCGAGCUGCUGAACAAACCGGUCAUGAGGAUCAUGAAGUACCAGCUGCUGCUCAAGGACUUCCUGAAACACUCGAAAAAGGCCGGACUGGAGCCCGUGGAUUUAGAGAAAGCGGUGGAAGUCAUGUGCAUCGUGCCAAAAAGGUGCAACGACAUGCUGAACGUCGGUCGCCUUCAGGGAUUCGAUGGAAAGAUCGUGGCUCAGGGCCGCCUCCUUCUGCAGGACACGUUCAUGGUGUCUGACCCAGAGGGGAGCCUGAUUGGUCGGUUAAAGGAGAGGAGGGUGUUCUUUUUCGAGCAGCUCAUCAUCUUCAGCGAGCCCGUUGACAAGAAGAAGGGAUUCCCUUUGCCAGGCUUCCUCUACAAAAACAGCAUCAAGGUGAGCUGUUUGGGUCUGGAGGAGAACGUGGAAAACGACCCGUGCAAGUUCACUGUCACUUCGCGGUUGACCAACGGCACGGUGGAGUCCUUCGUCCUUCACUCCACUCAUCCGGGAGUGUGUGAGGUCUGGACCCUUCGGAUCAGCCAAAUACUUGAAAGCCAACGCAACUUCCUCAAUGAGUAUCAGAGGAACCAUGUGGGGGCCACCAUUGGACCCCCGGGUGCAGGAAGCAGUGGGCCUUCCGAGACACCUGGAGUGGCAAGCUCCCAGAGUAGUUCCAUUUCCUCAGGACCACAGGGGGGUUCCCGACGGCCCUCCAGGAUUCCCCAGCCCUCCCGUUUGCCCCAACCCCUACGCCACCACCCUGGAGCCGACUUAGACGGCCCCAGCAAGAUGUCAGGUUCUUCCCCUCGUGCUGUCCCACCUUCCUCCCUCCCUCCAGGGGGCAGCCCACAGGGCAAACGCCCCAGCCAUAACUCAGAGGACCAACCACAGACCCCCGCUCCCGCCAACAGCGUAUACCCCAUUCUCCGUGCCACCGUCGGGCCCCUGCCCACGACACCUACGUCCAAGCCACGGCCUGGAGCUGUGACUCCCGUAGCCACCCCUCUGCCACCUGCUAACUUUAGCAAAGACGUGCUCCCACCUCCUCCUCCCAGCCCUGGUCACAAGUCCGGAUCAGGAUUCUGGAGCUCUAUGCCGGGUUCUCCCGCCAGCCGGCCUGGCUCGUUCACUUUCCCCGGAGAUGCGGCAGAGAGUCCGGGUCGCCAGAACUCGAACCAGAUCCAGACUGGCUCUGGAUCUGGGAGCCAAAGUCACAGGCACUCGACACACAGCAAGGACGCCGACCGCAUGAGUACGUGCUCCUCCGCCAGUGAGCAAUCCAUCCAGUCCACCCAGAGUAACGGGAGUGAAAGUAGCAGCAGCAGUAGCGUAUCCACCAUGUUGGUGACCCAGGACUACAUGGCUGUGAAGGAGGACGAGAUCAGUGUUAUUCAGGGCGAGGUGGUCCAGAUCUUGGCGAGCAACCAGCAAAACAUGUUCUUAGUGUUCAGAGCAGCGACCGAGCAGGGCCCCGCCGCCGAGGGCUGGAUCCCCGGAUUUGUACUGGGCCACACCUCAGCCAUGGUCCCCGAUUGUCCAGAGGGAUCGAACAAGAAGUCUUCGUCCUGGCACACAUCCCUGCGCAUCCGAAAAAAGUCUGAGAGGAAGGACAAGGAGGCAAAGAAGGACACCAAGCUCGAAAACGGUUACAGGAAGUCCAGAGACGGACUGGCCAACAAAGUCUCAGUAAAGCUUCUCAAUCCAAACUACAUCUACGAUGUUGCCCCGGAGUUUCUCGUACCUUUGAGCGAUGUAACGUGUGACACCGGAGAGAGCGCCGUCCUUAGGUGUAAGGUCUGCGGUCGACCCCGGGCUGCCGUUACGUGGAAAGGACCUGACCAGAGCAACCUCACCAACAAUGGACAUUACAGCAUGGCCUACAGUGACACCGGUGAAGCAACACUGCGGAUCAUCGGCGUAGCUGCCGACGACGACGGCGUCUACACUUGCGUCGCCACCAACGACCUGGGCAGUGUAACAUCCUCAGCCAGCCUCAGAGUGUUGGCUUUGUCCAGUGAUGGGAUCAGAGUGAGCUGGAAAGACAACUUUGAGUCUCACUACACCGAAGUGGUCGAACUGGGAAGGGGGCGCUUCUCUGUCGUCAAGCGUUGCGAUCACCGGGGAACUAAACGCACCGUCGCGGUCAAACAGGUGAACAAGAAGCUGAUGCGGAGAGACUGGGUGACUCAGGAACUGAAUCUGCUCCAGAGGCUGCAGCACCCCCACAUAGUCCGACUCAUAGACACGUACGAAACCUCGAGCAGCUACGUCCUGGUCCUGGAAAUGGCAGACCAAGGUCGGCUGCUGGACUACAUAGUGAGCUGGGGGAAUCUGACGGAGGAGAAAGUAGCCCGCUACCUACGUGAUGUUUUGGAAGCAUUGCAUUACCUUCACAACAGCAGGAUAGCACAUCUGGAUGUAAAACCCGAGAACCUACUCGUGGCCCACAGCUCCAGCGGCCAGCCAGUGGUCAAGCUCACGGACUUCGGCGACGCGGCUCAGCUAAACCGUGCCCCCCACCCCAUCCACCCUCUGUUGGGCAGUCCUGAGUUCGCCUCUCCAGAGCUGGUCCUCGGGGAGCCGGUGUCGCUGACCUCUGACCUGUGGAGCCUGGGCGUGGUGACGUACGUGCUACUGAGCGGAGCAUCUCCCUUCCUGGACGAGAGCGCCGAGGAGACCUGCCUGAACAUCUGCCGGCUGGACUUCAGCUUCCCCGGCGACUACUUCCACGGCGUCAGCCAGGCAGCCCGGGAUUUCAUCUGCCUCCUCCUGAGGACCGAGCCCGGCCGAAGGCCUCCCGCCGGACUGUGUCUGCAAGAGUCGUGGCUGCAGGCCGGUGUGAAUGACAGUCCGUCUCAGGCGGAGUGCUGUCUGGACACCUCUCGCCUCAUCACCUUCAUAGACAGAAGAAAACACCAGACGGACGCCCGGCCCAUCGGAGGAAUCAGGAGCUUCAUUCAAAGUCGUCUCCAAGCGCGAGUGUGAGACCUCGAACCAACCUGUUGUUCCCUCAGUCCUCGAAGACGACAGUCGCUCAAGGUGGAUGCAGAAUAAUCUGGGAUCAGGCAUCUGGAUUGCGUGGAUGUCAACGAAGGAGAAAUGUUCAAUACUGAUCUUGUCCUCUUUCACAGAGCGAUAGUUUUUUCCAAAGUCAAAGUUUAGUUUUUAAAUUACACGCAGACCCUGAGGUCUGACGCCGACCACAGUCCCACCAGAACAGACUCAGUCAUGGAUGCUUUUGUCUACUGCUGCUUGCUGAAUUCAACUCGAAGAUAGAUUUUGUAGUUAUGUACACUAUAAUAACGGAAAAGAAAAAAAAAGAUUUAUAAAGUAAUUUAUUUUGAAUUGUUUUGACAGCGCUGCACUGCUGCAGAGCUUUCAGCCGAAAGUGAAAACGGCUCUCCCCCGUCGCUCUUCUUCCUACUCGGACAUUUGGGACGCAGCCUGUUCUCUUUUUAAAAAAACAAAAACGAAAUAUGUACAGAAAGGGGAAAGUGCCGUCUACUUUUCCAAACAAAUCAAAAGAAUUGUAAAAAAAAAAAAAAAAUCUUUUCAUCCGUUGCUGUGCUAUUCUGGAUCCUUUAGACAGUGACGGGCUUUUUUGACUUUAGAGACAUUUUUAUGUGCGAGCGUACAAGAGUUUUUUAAUGGCUUCGCUUAUAUAAUGCACCUGAUCUAGGAACCUUACAACAACCACGCGGUGAGGAACGAAGCGGCCCCGUCCGACCCGACCGGGAAACUGCGCUGUUAGGUUUUCCUCGAACAAACUUGUGUUGCACAGGUAUAGGAUGUUUAAGCCUUACUUUGUAAAUAAAUGCCUGCCUUCUUAUCUCCUCGCGUCCGCAGCGCGAGACUGUCGUUGCCAAUCAGAUGGUAGUGAAUGUGCAGGCGAGGGGGAGAAGGGGGGGUAAAACAAACGACUGUAAAUGCACUCAUUGUAUUUUAUGUUUGAUUUUCAUGUGCAAUGUUGUGGCUUUAACAUUUUAUGCAAUUAUUUAUAAAGACAUCUGUCGUAUGUGUAAUAAAUCUAGAUGAUAGCAUGUACUUGGUACUGCAAGCACUGCUGGUAGUUUGUGUUUAUUCGACCUGAUCGUCACCACUUCCCGACCAGAUCAGGUCAGAGGUCACGCCUCACGAUCAUUACAGACCAAUCGAAAAUAAUGCCAGACUUUUUCUAGGAUCACACGGCACGAUUGUUUACGGCAGUUAGACGUUAGCCGCCCCUCAGUGAACGGUACGAAAGUAAAGACCAACACUCGUACCUCAGAGAUGGAGUGACAGCUCGGUGACGUUGCGACAUUGCGUCAGCUUAUUAACACUUGUUGCCAAAAACGUUUUUCCCGACAAAUUCCUUAAUGUCAAUUCCACCCAACUUGCUUCCAAUGAAAAGAAACAAAGCCUUGGUACGGCCUCCAGACUAUAAUUUAUUGCAGUGUGUGGCUGGGGAUGUUUAGAGGUCGAGUGGAUUCUGGGUGGAACAGAAGUCACAGUCCUCUGUUCCCUUUGUAUUUAUUUUAAAGGUGUGCACAGACAAUUCCAAACAGAAACUUGGACUGGAUACCUCAGUUUAAGUGUUUUUUUAUUUUCUUCUUUUUCUUCACCAGUUUUUUUUUUGUUUGUUUUUUGUCAUUUCAAAAAGUACAUAGUUUUUUUUUUUUUACCUUUGCAUGUAAAUUUUUUGUACAGAUCAUACAUGUUUUUGUGUAAUUACUCAUUUUGCCAUCAUUAAUUUUAAAAAAAAUUAAACAAUGAACAUGU